AUGGUGUUUCUCCUUUUCCCCUUCAUAGACCCUGGUCUUGGCAUGCAGAAGCCCCAGUGCUUGGUUCCUGUCAUGGCCACUCCAAAUGGAACUCUGGUACACCCAGCAUAUUUCCUACUGGUGGGCAUCCCUGGCUUGGGGCCUAACAUACACUUUUGGCUGGCUUUUCCACUGUGUUUUAUGUAUGCCUUGGCCACCCUGGGCAACCUGGCCAUUGUCCUCAUCAUCCAUGUGGAAAGGUGCCUGCAUGAGCCCAUGUACCUUUUCCUGGCUAUGCUUUCUACCAUUGACCUAGUCCUGUCUUCUGUCACCAUGCCCAAGAUGGCCAGCCUCUUCCUAACAGGCAUCCAGGAAAUAGGAUUCAAUAUUUGUCUGGCCCAGAUGUUCCUCAUCCAUGCUCUGUCAGCCAUGGAGUCAGCUGUCCUGCUGGCCAUGGCUUUUGACCGCUUUGUGGCCAUCUGCCAUCCACUGUGGCAUGCUUCUGUGCUCACAGGGCCUACUGUGGCCAAGAUUGGACUAGCUGCUCUGACCAGAGGAUUUGUUUUCUUCUUCCCACUGCCUUUCCUCCUGAAGCGGUUGUCAUACUGUCAAACACAUACCGUCACACACUCCUUCUGUUUGCACCAAGAUAUCAUGAAAUUGUCCUGUACUGACACCAUAGUCAAUGUAGUGUAUGGACUCUUCAUUAUCCUCUCAGUGAUGGGUGUUGACUCCCUCUUCAUCGGUCUCUCCUACAUUCUCAUCCUGAAGACUGUGUUGGAGCUGUCUUCUCGGGGGGCAGCACUCAAGGCUUUCAACACCUGUGUCUCCCAUCUCUGUGCUGUACUGGUCUUCUACAUGCCCCUCAUUGGGCUAUCAGUGGUACACAGAUUGGGGGCCCCUACUUCCCUGCUCCAUGUGAUUAUGGCUAAUAUCUAUCUACUACUACCACCUGUGGUCAACCCUGUUGUUUAUGGAGCCAAGACCAAGGAGAUCCGUUCACGGAUUCUCCAUAUGUUCUCACAGGGUGGUAAGUGA